AACAUUUCUCGGGCGUCAUGCAGUUGGUACUCUGAUGGUGAAUUUGAUCAUGUCGGGUCCCUGGUCAUGAACGGAUUUGACCCAAAUGUUUAUCAAACUGAAAACUGUCUUGAAUCACAAAUACUUUUCUAAACUUUCUAUACUGACGAUUUAAUUCAUAUAUAUCCAUUUUCGACAGACAGGUAAACUUGAAUCCCGGGACAUUCAUCACAUGAAACCACAGCCUGACUGGACAAUACCCGAUGGGCGGAAUUCCGCCAAGUCAUCACCGCUCCGCAUCACAUUAAAAAUACCGGGCACGAUCAAUCCUUCAAUACAAAGUGCGAGGCUUACUGUGACUCUCUUCUAUUCUCUAUCUACUUGUUCAUCUUCUGAACUUCACAGAAACAUUUCAUAUGAACACGAGCUCUGACGGACAUCCAUAAGACUCCAGCCCAAUUGCGGACAUGGCAGUCAUCAACAUUGAUGUUGUCUCCGACUUUACUUGCACAUGGUGCUUCAUUGGCAAGCGUAUACUGGACCAAACAAUCGCGCUCUUCUUGAAGACACACCCUUCCAAGCCCACGUUCAACAUCACAUACCACCCAUACUUUCUCUCUCACUUCAACUCCCUCGACUAUACCGUCACAAACUCCAUUCCACGCGCACACCUCACCGAGAAAAAACUUGGCCAUUUGUCCAAAGAGCGGAGAGAUGCCAUGACCAAGAAAAUGGAAGGUCUCGGAAGAAGCGUCGGCAUUGAGUUCAAGUGGGAUGGUCUCAUUGGCCCUACUGCAAAGGCACAUGGGCUGGUCAUGAUGGCGGGCGAAAGGCAGAGGGACGUCGUGGAGGGGCUGAUGCAUGCGUUUCACGAGGAAGAAAGGGAUAUCAAUGACGAAGAUACGAUGCGCGAAAUUGCGCGGGCAGCAGGCUUGACGGAUGGGGAUGUUGACGAGGCCUUUGCAGAUAAAAUCCAGGACAAGGUCGUGCGGGAAGAACAGGAAUGGAGAGAAGUGGCAGUGGGCAAGGGCGUGCCAGUGUACAUCAUCCAGGGUCAGCAUCGGAUCGAUGGGGCACCGGACCCGGGCGACCUGUAUGAGAUUUUCAUCAGGGCACUCGAGGAUACUGAGUCAUUGUAGUGCUUCAUGAUAUACAUUGUCUUUCUGUAUAUUUGUGUUCGUUCAAAGGCCUAGCUCGCCACCAAUGACAUCCAACGCCUCUCUCAGUAGUCUCGAAACCUCGUCAUCAGGAUUUACGCCGAUGGACUUGACAAUCAGGGGAU